AUGUCUCCCUCGGUGUGGCUGCGCAGUAAGGCGCCCCUCCACCCGGUGAGCCCGCACCCCAAGGCAGCGCCGGUGUCAGCCCCACCCGCCACCGCCUCCCCAGCAGCAGCAGACCCCCCAAAGCGACGGCGGUUUGCUUACGUCACCCUGCUAACGAAGGAUGCCUACCUGCCGGGCGUCCAGGCGCUCUAUCGCUCGCUGCGCCUGGUGGCGUGCCGCCACCCGCUCAUCGUCAUGCACACCCACGGCGUCAGCCAGGGCGUGCUGGAAGCUCUGGCCAAGGAGGGCAUGCGGCUGCAGCCGACGGAGCAGUUUGAGGCCGAGGGAGUCGACCAUUCUGAGUACAAGCGCAGCCUGUACCUGGAGUGCUGGCUGGCCUACUUGGAUGCUGACAUGAUUCUGCUGAGAAACAUCGACCACCUGUUUGCCCUGCCGCCCGGCUUCUAUGCCGUGGGCGACUGCUACGGCGGGCGCGAGACAGAGGAGGAGCGUUGCUCUUGCUGCCACUUCACCCCGGAGGCCACUCCUCAGUACUUCAAUGCCGGAUUCUACGUGAUGAGCCCCAGGCGUGCAUCAGCUCCCUCGAUACCGCUCCUGUCGGAGCUGGAGGGCAUGCAUGCCGCACUGCGCGAGGGGCGCGUGGUGGUACGCUUCUUUGCCGAGCAGGACUUCCUCAACGGAUACUUCGCGGGCCGCUGGAAGCACCUGCCCUGGAGCUACAACGCGCAGGCGAGGCAUAAGCGCAUCAAGCACCACCACCCAGACCUGUGGGACCUGCCCAACAUCUUCGCCAUCCACUACGUGGACGAGAAGCCGUGGAGCCAGCGGUACAGCGAGGAGAACCUGCGGUACAAGGAGGAGUGCGACUACUGGUGGGAUGUGUUUGAGGGCAGGCUGGCGCCGCGCCAGCCGGCGGUGCGCCAGAUGAGCACCGGCCUGGACGCGCUGCUGGAGGAUGCGCUGGCGGCGCCAGCUGGCGCCAGCUACGCGCAGGUCGCGGUGGGCGGGCUGGAGCGCGCCAGCUCCCUGCCCACCCCUGUGCCCAGCAUGCCGGCGGCCUGA